AUGUCUCUGUCCGCCACUCAGGGCAGCAUCGGCAGUCGUUCGACUAAAGUCCCCGUGCGCACGUACAAGAUCUGCCUGUUUCGGAAGGAGAGCUUCCAGGGCACUCAUCUGGAGCUCAAGGGGGAAUGCCGGAAUGUGUGUGAGAAGGGCCUGGAGAGGGUCGGAUCCCUGAGUGUAGCAGCCGGACCAUGGGUGGGGUUCGAGCAGCACAACCUGAUGGGCGAGAUGUUCAUUUUGGAGAAGGGGGAGUUUCCGCGCUGGGACUCCUGGUCCAACAGCAGCCGCUCAGACCAGCUCAGGUCCCUGAGACCUGUGCGUGUGGACAGCCUGGAGCCGAAUAUCUGCCUGUUUGAGGGGGUGGGCUUCCAGGGCCGUAAGAUGGAGGUGUGUGAUGAGGACAUCCCCAGUCUGUGGUCCUACGACUUCCAGGACCGUGUGUGCAGCAUACAGGUCACCGGGGGAACGUGGGUGGGGUACCAGUAUCCGGGGUACCGGGGCAGUCAGUUCCUGUUUGAGAACGGCGCCUACAAGCACUGGAACAGCUGGGGAGCCGCGCACCCCCAAAUUCAGUCCCUGAGGCGCGUUCGGGACCUGCUGACACACCAGCGGGACGGGCUGGAGGCACAGGCUGUGUAG